UGUUACCCUGGAGACUCUGAGGGGACUAAAAAACACCAUGGAAACCAUGAUAAAGAGGAGAGCAGACUGGGCCGUGGAUUUUGGAGAGCUGUGGGAGAGGUGGUGAAAUCCAAUGCAGCCACGGACUUCCGGAGCUCCACAAGGUCUGACCCAGUUUACCACUUUGAUUCAGAGCAUAUUGAAAGUGCCACAGUCAUGCUACGGCGGUUCUGGACCCACACUGUGCUCUCAGUGCGGGCCAAAGAGUACCAAAGUGCCCGUCAUAGCCUGGGUCAGCUAUUUCAUUCACUGCAGGACUUCUACAGCCACAGUAACUGGGUGGAGAUGGGCCAAAGUUCUAUUUACCUCCAUCUGCUUCAGCCAGAGGAGCCAGCCGUGCCUGUAGCUAAAGGAGGAUUAACAAUAUUCACCACCAACUCUGACAUACACAGGGUCUCCACAAUAGUGGAGGACAACACAGCAGCUGACAAGGUGACCCUCCUCCAUGUGGAAAGUCACAAAAACUUGAUGUCCGUUCAUACAUUUAGAGUUGACAGCUCGGUAGAAAGUGUCACCCUACAUGUCUCUGGCACUAUGAUGGAGUGUAUUCUUACCAGUCCAUCAGACCAAAGUCAGUCUCUGUUGAAUGAAGAAGGUCCCCUAGCAGUGAUACAGCAAUUUCAGGGACUGUACCGCAUCAGUCUGUUUCCUCCUUUACAGCCUGGCCAGUGGAAACUGCAAGCCAAGAGCGAUGGGCAUCUUACGUUCAAUGUCAUAGGUGACAGUGGUGUAGACUUCCUGUAUUAUUUUGCAAUUGUAACCAAUGAGACACACCCGGGUCUGGCCAGAGUUGAUGGUAAUCCCACAGCAGGUGUUCCUGCCUUUUUGGUGGUGGUUGUUACAGGCCUGGGUUCAGUUAAAGAGGCAUCUUUUAGUCAUGCAACACUGCUGGGGGCUGAAGGAGAGAGUCUUCAGCAGGUGAAGCUCAACUCCUCACCUUCAUCUAUCUAUUCCUUGGAGGAGCUGGUGGGCUUGGUGGACCCUGUUCCCAGAGUUCCCUUCUGCAUUAGACUUUCAGGCCAGGACAGCAGAGGAAACAAACUGGAGAGGGUUUCCACAGAGAUGGUGGAGCCCACUCACAUUCAGAUACAGGUGCUUUCUCUUCCUGACCUCGUGCCUGGUCAGAGUGCAGUGGUGAACUUUGAGAUCCAAAACCAUGGUGCAGCACGGAACUUCAGUUUGACAGCCGAUGAUGACUGUGGAUAUCUUCAUAUGACAGGGCCACACAGCUUUCCUGUAGCAGGACAAAGGUCUUUUCGUGACCAGGUGUCCCUCCACACUCCUGCCACAGCUCAGGCAGGGGUGACAGUCACCCUUACACCGACUGUAAAUGAUCUUCAUUCUGCUGACUCAAAUUAUGCAGUGGCCUACUUGACUGUGGUCCCUCAGGAUUCAGACACGUCCCCACCAUCCUGCUCUGCAGCACGAGUCCAAUCUAACUGUUCUGCAAUUUGCAAUGCGACUAGCUGGAGUGUGUCUCUGUCUGUAUCAGAUAUCGGACACUCUGGCCUUGAUGCUCUGCAGCUACAGGAGGGUGAAGGUAUUCUGACUUUGUUCCACAGGACCCCAACCUCAGAAGACAGCCUUGGAGAGCCUGGCCUUGAGCUGCAACAGACACAGAGGGAUAAAUCAACAAAUGGAGACUACCACCACCACCAAGAACAGCACAACCAAAAGGCCAGAUUAGAGACAGGAGGCCCCCCUUUCAAUAUUUCUGAAUGGUUGCUAGAUGUAUCUCAGCCACUGUUUGUGAGGUACACAUCCAGCUGCUGCUCUACUCAGGCAGAGAUGCUGGUUUGGGACAAAGCAGGAAACAUGAAACGCUGCCAUCUAACACCUGGUCAGAAGAGGCAGCUACAAAACAAGAGUACAGAAACCAGUGGGACUGGACAGAAAAUGCCCACAGGCUUCUUUUUCUUGCUGUUAGGCCUGCUGUGCUUUCCUCUGCUUUAGCCGUGUGAUUACAAAUGUUUUGCUGGUCAAAAUGAUCUGUGGAUCACUUGGUACAAAGCUUGUUCUGUAUUUUCAAGGGCAAAAUCUGAAAAACCAAUAUUUUUUUUGUAUUGAUAUAAAAUGCAAAUUUGCAAAGAAUAAAAAAAUAUUUUAUUGCA